UCCCCCAUCUUCCUUUUGUUUCGGCGACGCGUUUUCUUGGCCGCGGUAAAACAAAGUCUCCUUUGAAAUUUCUUUUGCUGUUUCCUUUGACAGAAAGGAAAAGACAGUACCUUAUUUUCCCACCGUGAUCAAGUCCUAUAUAUGGGGACAGUACAUGCAACACCAUUGAAGCGCAGAGGGAAAGGAACAGAGAGCGAGAAGCAGCGCAACGGGGGUGGCCUGCAAGCAGGAACACGAAUUUUCCUUUUUUUUGGAAGAUGGCAUCUUCGAAAACCAUCGUCACCAUUCUGUUGGCGAUGGCCAUGGCCGCCGCUGCGUCUGCUGCCACAUACACAGUCGGUGACAGCGCCGGUUGGAUGAUUCCGGGCACACCCACCUUCUACGACAAAUGGGCCGCUUCCAAAACUUUUCGCGUUAACGACAAGCUGGUUUUCAACUUCCCGGCGGGAGCGCACACAGCGGUCAGGGUAUCCGAGAAUGAGUACAAAGCUUGCACCUUCGCCAACCCCAUGGAGAGGUAUACAACAAGCCCAGCGACCGUCACGCUCAACGACACUGGAGCUCACUACUACCUCUGCGACGUCACCGGGCAUUGCAGCGCCGGGCAGAAGGUCUCCAUCAAUGUCGUCUCUGCCGCUGCCUCUCCUUUACCAUCGCAGCCAACUCCUGCUCCUCCUGUUGCCGGAUCAGCACCAAGCACGUUGCCUACUCCAUCCAGCCAACCGACUCCCUCUGCAGCUUCCUUCAGCAGAGGAUUCAAAUGCACCACCUUUCUGGCAUUGGUGCUUGCCUUUACCUUUAUGUGGUAGAUGGAACUACACUUAUAACUUUUGUUAGGCUCUUGUAGCGUUCCUUUUCACCAUUCUCUUUAGUGAUCGGAGGAGUUGAGUCCAUUGCGUGAUUUCUACCUUUUCUGUUGUUUUGUUUUGUAAUAAUGGAGUCUUUUAUGACUUGUCAGAGAAGGGAGACCCCAUUUUUUAUCAAUACAAACAUAUUCUUGUUUCA